AUGAAAGGUGUCAUCCUCAGCAUUAAUCCGAAUGCCCGGGUAGUUGACCUUACACACGCUAUCCCACCACAAGAUAUCUACGAAGCGGCUUUCUCAAUUUAUGCCGCGCACAGCUACUUCCCGAAAGGAACGAUUCAUAUCAUCGUAGUGGAUCCGGGUGUAGGGAGCGAUCGACAGGCAAUAGUUUGCCAAACAGAGAGCGCAUUUUUCGUCUGUCCCGACAAUGGCGUGCUGAGCUACCUAUUGCAAAGCAUUGAGAACGGAGAGAAACACCCCGUAGAUGCAGUGGCGAUUCAAAACAGUGCGUACUAUCUAUCAGAAGUGAGCAACACAUUCCACGGCAGAGAUAUUUUCGCCCCCGUUGCGGCACAUCUAUCGCUCGGCGUUCGGCUUGAUAACAUCGGUCCGCCGACGCAAACCCUCGUUCAACUACCGAUUCAAGUGCCGGAACUCUCCGGUAAUACACUGACAGGGGAAAUUGUUAAAAUUGACAGAUUCGGGAAUGCGAUAACAAAUAUAUCGGAAACCGCAAUUGCUCGCUUAGAAAGCGCGUCUACCGGAGAGAUGUCUAUUUACGAAAUCAGAGUUGGAAGUGCGAGACUUAAUCGACUGAACCGCGCUUACGCUGAAUCUGGCAUCGGCAAACCUCUGGCAAUCAUAGGAAGCUGUGGGUUGUUAGAAAUUGCUAUCAAUGGUGGGAACGCCAAAGAAGGUUUGGGAAUAAAGUCGGGUGAUCCUGUUGUAAUUCAGAGGCUUGAUUGA